AUGAAAAACGGCAAAGGCCGGGAGUCGAAUUUGCAGGAGGGAUCUCCAAACGCCCAACGAUUCGCUGCCAUCUUGGCGGCUCGAUCCAAUAAGGAGCGUCCUUCCGGUAAGAAACGGUACUUGCUUCAUCUUCGUCAUAUAAGAGCUCGGUGCUCACAGUUUUCCUUGCUGAUACUAGAGUUAGAAGUGCAUUUACGAUCACACUGUCAAAAGCUCAAAGUCGUGUCAAGCAACCUUUCCGGUGCACAUCUCUUGAUACCAGGAGAAGUGACAUUGGCAAUUCGCGUGUACUAUCCCGCCGACAUUGAGAGGCUUGAGCGAGAGCACCCAUAUUCUCCAGAACUGUGUUUGAAGGAAAUUCACAACCGGGGCGUGGAGAGUGUCAAUCUUCAAAAUCAAAAGCCAACCAAUGAUUUAGACGGCCUUGCCGCUUUUCAGAGUACGUUCGCCGUGACAAUGGUUUUCUUUAUUCUGCCAGCAGACGCACAAAUAAUAGCGCUGGAAAAUGCUUGUAGCUUUGUUUGCCGGGCUAUGAGGACUCUGGAGUUACCCUUACAGUGUAUUGCGCCGUCGCUCUGUUCUUCUAGCGCUCGGAAGAAAACUUUAAAGCCAGCCCGCGUUCUAGUGUUGUCCCGUACCGAAGACGCUGUUGAAGCAAUUUUGACCACAGCGGAAACGACAUUGUCCCUUACUAAGCGCCGUCUCAAGGAACAAUACUUUGAGCGACAGCGACUCCUCCAUUUCAAACCGCGUGCCGUAAAGGACCUCGCAUCAAACGACGCACGUAGCAGUGAAAAUGAAGCCUUGGACGCUGCAGCCGCAUCACACGUUGCCUCAGGUUUACGAUCAUGGGCUGAAGCCAUGGGUAUUCCUCAAGGGGAGGCUGAUAUUCUCAUGACUGUGCUAGGUAGUCUGCAAGCGAUUGUGACGGCUACCACCGAGCAACUUACUCACAUUCCGGUGGAAGAACGCACCAAAAACUUAGUGCGCCUGUUUUUCGGGUCUUCGCAGAACGAGAGUGAAAUGCAAGAAACAUCACGAAAUAUAAGUCGCUUCACAGAGGAUGUUCCUUCAAACUGGGAAGAAUUUCCAGAGGACUCCUCUCCAAGGUGGGAAUCUUUCCAAGCCUUUCCUCAGUCAAAUCAUUCCUUGAUUCGUACGCCUCAAGCGAAUUCGUUUUCUCAGCAGCGAGGGAAUCGCUUCGGCUACGAACAACAGUUUUUCGCUCCAAAUGCAGCCCCUCAAUCCAAUCUGUACCCUUCCCACAUAGCUUCCCAUCAACUAGCUCACGCUCCUAACCCUUAUCCCGGAUAUACACCGUCACCUCAACAGUCAGUGCCUCCACAUUUGCAGCACACCCCAUAUUUCAGACAGCCACUGGAAGAUGCGUACGUCAGCCCGCUGCCUUAUGGCAAUCCGCCAACAGCGUACCCAGCCUAUUAUUCGCAGACAAUGACUAUGCCAAACACUCCCAACAUGUCCAAUCGUCAGGUCCUGUAUCCACCGUCUUCCGGGCGAGGUCGCGAUGCAACCCGUCAGUUCAUGUAG